AUGGCGUAUCUACACGCGUGCAGCGGCAAGGGAAUGAAGAGCGAGCUAGAUUUCUUUACUCUUCCUCUCACUCAAACAUCCAUCGAAAGUAGCGCUUAUCUCUACUACAAACCCAUUUCGUCGCUCAGCGACGAUGGUGACUCACCCUUGGAAUUUUUAAUUCCAAGUUCAACCGAUCACUACAUCGAUCUCGCGCACACCAUGUUGCACCUGACCGUUCAAAUACUACCAGCUAGUGAUACACCCAGCGAAAAUCUCAAAGUUGGCCCUAGUUAUGCGGCACCUGCUAUGCGCUCUCAUCUCACGUCUGCUUUGUGGAGCAUCGACACCGACGAUGCCAUGGAUGCCGCGCCAAAUUUAGAUCGUAAGGCUGAUGGUGCGAAUCAAGGUCUCAUUAACAGACUGUUCUUUACAGCUGGUGGCAAGGCCGUCAACAUGAUCGGACAUUUGCAUUGUGACGUUUUUAAUCAACCGAAAUUCUUGAUCAACGGUGUAGAUGUGAGAGUAAGAUUGGUCCGUAGCAAAGACGCCUUUUGUCUCAUGGACUGGUCCGACAACGGAAAAUUUUCGGUGCGCAUCAAAGAGGCUACAAUGAUCGUGCGUCCUGCCAAGAUAAGCCCGGGUAUUUUACUAGCGCACGCGAACGCUCUUGCUAAAACAACAGCCAAAUACCCCUUAACAAGGGCCGAAGUCAAGUCGUUUACGCUGCACAGCGGUAUACUCGGCGACACCCUGGACAACGUUAUACUAGGACAGCUACCCAAAAGGAUCAUCCUGGGCUUUGUUAAAAAUAAAGCCUUCAACGGCAAUAGAAAGCUCAACCCUUUCAAUUUUCAACACUUUAACAUAAACUUUAUUUCGCUCUACGUGGACAGCGUUCAAGUCCCCAAGUUUGACAACGUGCUCGAAAUCGACUCGAAUAGACAAAUUAUAACGGACUUUAAUUCCUAA